AAAUUUGCCUACAAAGCGAUGUUUGGUGACUAGUUAAAUCUGAACCGAAACUGAAGUGCUCAAUCCGGGUUGCUUCAAAACGCUCCACGCACGUCAAAUAGGUUGCUGCGAGUGUUUGGAAAACAACACAGCAAAAGGCUGCUUCGAUCGCCGUGCGAAACUUUGUUGUGCUUUAAUUGUUGCCCGAAGCAAUGGCUGACGAUUUGCAAAAUUAUAAACUACAACUGCAACAGGUGGAAGCGGCGCUGUUGACCGAUCCGGAAAAUGCUGAGCUACUCAAGCUGAAACAGGACCUGGACGAAGUGAUCGAGCUCACGAAGGAUCUGAUCAAGGCACAGCAAGAACCGGAACAGAAGAAAUCUGCAUACAUCGAACCCGCCACCAGCAGCUACCUCGACGGGGGUUCGGGCGCGGAAAAGAAACAAUCUAAACCGGCAAAGGUAUGGAAGGUGGGUGAUAAGGUUUCCGCUAAGUGGAUUGAAGACGGACAGUACUAUGAAGCCACCAUAGAGUCGAUCGCGGAAACGGGUGAGGUGAACGUAGUGUUCGAAGCCUACCAAAACCGAAGCACCACGACUAUAAGCGAACUGAGGGAGCACAAAACAAGAAACGAAGUGUUUCCGGCUAACAGCAAUAAACGCAUGCGACACAAUCAGAAGGAGUACCUGAAGAAGAAGAAAAUGAAAAAGAUUCAGCGGUUCAAGGAACUGGAAGAAGAGCGCGAGUGUGAGAAAAACAAAUGGCUACAGUUUUCGGCCAAAUCGACCAAGAAGUCGGGCGUAAAGGCGAAAAGCAUUUUUGCAUCUCCGGAAAACGUAAACGGCCGCGUCGGCAUUGGCACGUGCGGUGUGUCUGGUAAGCCUAUGACGGAGUUUUCACACGGAGAGAAGUAUCGAAAAGGAAUCUAACUGGUCCGGUGCUUGAGUGCAUACCGUAAACAACGCUAUGGCAUCGAUUCGUAGCCGCAACGACACAUUCAUUCGAGACACAGCAAUUUUGUCAUAAGUUUGAGUUUGGUUACAGCAACUACACAUACAAUAAA